ACUUGCAAGAGAAGAAACAACGGACGUAACAAGCACGGUCGUGGUCACAACAAGUUUGUUCGUUGCAUCAACUGUUACCGUUGCGUUCCCAAGGAUAAGGCUAUCAAGCGCUUCACUAUCCGUAACAUGGUUGAAGCUGCUGCUGUCCGUGAUCUCCAAGAAGCUUCCAUCUAUGAGGAAUAUGCUAUCCCCAAGUUGUAUGUCAAGCUUCACUACUGUGUUUCUUGCGCUAUUCACGCUCGUGUCGUCCGUGUCCGUUCUGCUGUCGACCGUCGUAAUCGUCUUCCUCCUCCCAGAUUCAGAUUCCAA